AUCCUCUGACGCCACAACCCUCUCACGCUGAUCCUUACAAAAAACAUCUCUAGUCGUUCUUUACAUCUCUGAUACUACGUUAGCAAGCAAUAUGCCCACUGAAUUUGAGUUGCGCAAGCGGAACGCACAGUUCGCGGACAAGGCUCGUGCUGGCAAGAAGCCCACCAAAUCAUCUCGUCAAGAGGUGCUUGCGAAGCGUAAUCCUCUCGGGCUUUGGGCCCUGGGAGUUAUCCUCUUCGUCGUUGUGGGAGGAG